UUGAACACUUUCUCUAAUUUGCGAUCGCUAGAUGGCGUAGAUGAUUGUUGAUUUUGUUCAAAAUGGCGGCCUAUAAUGGGCACUACGGGGUAACAUUGUUCGAUUCCCCGCGAUAAAUGAGUCCAUGCGAAGUUAACUUGCCGCGGUGUAUGUGCGAGUACCGGAGUCUAGGAUAUAUCCGGAAUGUACACUUUCUUUCGGAUGAUUAAAUCAUGUGAGCGGAAUCACGGUGCCAGCCGAUCGUAUGUCGUGCAUUGGCCAAGUUUGUGUAGCCAUAUUUAUUGUGUUAUUCGGCAAGACAUUAUAUCUUAUACACCGGUAAAUGUAAUUGUUAGCCAAGACAUAUGGCUGUUUAUGAUUGAAGGUAAAAUUCUCGUCUCAACGUUUGUUUUUGAUAAAGGAUGUGGCGAUUUUGUUACCUCUGAUAAAGAGCUAUUCUGUACGUAUAAAACAUUUAAGGACUCUAGUACAGUAGGACAUGCAAAGACGCUACACUGGGUUUUCUUCAGUUCUUCAAAAACGUCGCACAUUUAUUAUUAAUUGUUCUUUACACAAAUUGUUGUUUAUACAACUUUUAAACAGUGAACGUCGUGCAAUAUAUCGAAGCACGCAAGUUUCAUUACUAUCUUUGAUAACACACAAUUGUGUUGUGUAUUACAUUAAGGCUUUUACGAAAAAUACUAAGAUGGAAGAAUUAUUGUAUCAUAUUGUUAGUCCUAACUAUUGGAUAAAACUUCAUAGACCAUAUAUACAAUAAACAAGUUUUUAGUGAAGUUUUUUUAUACUGAUACACAAGAAAUGGAUGUGAAAAGGUUUUAUCAAAAAAUGAUGUUAUGAAUAUCGAAGAGUAUAUGUGUAAUAUUUAUACACACAAAAGCCUGCUGUACGCGGACCAAGCAGGCUAGGCACUGCUGUGCCAAGCUUGGGUAAUGGAUCCCGUUCGUCCAUGGUAUACAUCGUAUAAUCGUCUUGCUUUAAGUACCGGAACAAGUACAUUUCAAUCAACAACUUCAAGCACAAACAGUGAUUUUGUAUCUCAUCACUUAGCAACAACUGCUACCCAAGCAGUUCCUUCAACAACGUCACAGUUACUUUUACAAGCAGCCCAUACAACAGCAACUCUGGCGGGUCAGCCGUCUCCAUUUAACCCAGGGGGGUUUCUAUCUCCACCCCCUGUGGGUUACGAUGUAUUCUCACCUUUGUUUCAUCCUUCUAAUUCUAAACAAGCACAUUAUGUUACUCAACAUAGGCAAGCUCUUGCUCAAGCACAAGUAGUAGCUGUAACAAAACAGAAUACCACAACAGAGUCUGAUAUCCCUGUAUUAAGGGAGAAUUAUAGUUCAGCACACCAGUCAACAUAUUUUGAACAUCAGGGUGCAGCUACCUCACCUACAACAUCUACAUUAGCUUGGACUCAUCAAAAUAAUGCACAAUUACCCAGCCCAUUUGGUAUUUUACCUCAUGAAACUGUUGUUCCAUCGUCGCCAGGACCAUCGUCUACUACAAAACCAACUAGCGGAGUUUAUGAAAAUACGUUUAAUUCUCAUUUUCCCACAACGCAAACUAUAAAUAAUUUAAAUUCACAAUUGCCCGCAUCUUCUGAAUAUAAAUCAUCUAGUUAUCCGGAUAGCAAGAAAACAAUGAAUAUGAGACCUCAGUCACCAACAGUUAGUGUCAAAUCAGUGGUUUCUACAUCUCAAGCAAACAGCAAUCAAACAUUCUUUCAACAAGUACCUACUACGUUUAAUUCUGAUACAUUGACAAAUAAUUAUUCAGCUGGUAAUGGAAAUCAAACUCCUAAUGGAAAGGUGCAACCUUCUCUUCAACAUCAACAAUCGUGUAUCGUUUCAACUCCAAACAAUACAGUCAGUAAAGAAUACAGAAUUCCUCAACCACCUGCUCGGUCGGUUACAUCAACUACUAUAUUUUUAAAUACGUCUGUCAGAUCUGUGCCUUCACAAGGUCAAGAUAAACAGUCGACGCGAAAUUUUGCUUCACCGCCAAAUAAAGCAAUUUCCACGUCUCAGCAAAGUAUUCAAACUAAAGCACAGACAAAAAUAUAUCCGGAAUUAAGUACUCAUAAUGAGCAUAGACAAAAUGAACAAGCAUCGCAUGAUAAUACCCAAUCGUCUCCUAUUAGUUUUUCUAUCAUGGAUUCGCGUGGCUUAAACUACACUGCUGGAAAUAAUACAACGUGUACAAAUGCUAGUGGAAAACUUGGUAAUAAUCAAAGGACUCAGUCAAACAGUAACUUACAGACUCAUCCUCAACAAGCCCAACAACAGCAGCAACAACAACAACAGCAGCAACAGCAACAGUUUCAUGUUUUAAAUCAACAGCAGCAGCAGCAGCAGCAAACAUCAUAUAGGCAUUACCUCACAGGAACUGCUAGUGACUCUGAAUAUCAUCAUCCAGGGCGAUCAAAAUCUGCAACUUCUAACGAUUCUGCUUAUUCUUCUAAUAAUUCCACCCAGAAUGGACCUGACUGUGGUGUUGUUGUACCUAGAAGACCAAGUCCACUGCAGGCACAUUCACAAGCAAGUCCAUUAGGACAUGUUCCAAGUCCUGCUUACCCUAUGUAUAAUAGUCCAAUGGCUACAAUAUCUUCUUCCCCUUCGCCUUUACAACAACACACGGAGAAUGGAAAUCAAUGUGUAAGUGGGCCACAGUACAAAGGUACUGUACAACAACAAGUUACACCGCCAUCACCGUUGGACGUGACCGUGCCACGACCAGCAUCUCAAGGACAAGUUGUUUAUUCGUCGGUAAUUACGAGGGCUCUGGGUAAUACUGAAAAUAAGUCAAAUUAUAAUACAGAUAGUAAAAAUUAUGAUAGGCAACAACAAGAUUUUUCCCAAACACAAAAGCAGGUAUGCUGGGAAAACGAUAAUCGACAACCAAACGCUAAUAGAAAAUUUUCUGUUACAUUAUAUACCGGUGGAACUGCUGAUGUAAAUCCUCAAAAUUUGCCGGUUCAACAAGUACAACGAGUAUUAAAUGUUUCUGAUAGACAACAAAUAUAUUUUGAAUCCAACCAAGUAACUUUACAAGAUUUGAGCAGUUGUAGAGGAGAUCCUAUGAGUAUAGUGAAGAAUUUGCAAACUUUACAACAAGGCUCUUGUCAAGUACAGCAGCAGCAGCAACAACAACAACAACAACAGCAACAGCAACAACAAGCUGCUGUUUCUGUUACUCCGCCUGAACAACAGAAGCACGUGGAAGAUCGACGUAAAGUGGAGACUGUCAAUAAGAAAAGGAAAAGUUUGGAGAAAAGUGGACACAGCACUUUAAAUGAAACAACUGGAGCGACAACGACGAUGACGGAAUAUUUAAGUAGGAUACCACCGCCCGCUCAUCAUAACGCAAAUCAGCAACAACAGAACGGUUACUUUGAUUUCGAAAGAUGGAAUUUACCUCCGCCACCUGCUAAAAUGUUUCCUGGUGCAUCGGGUGCUUUUAGUUCGCAAUCAACUUUGCACCAUUCAAGUAAUUUUGUUGGUACACCGGCACAUCAACACCAGUCUUUAAUGGUUCCUCAUCAUCACGCUCCACCACCUAUUCCAUAUUUUCCUGCUUUUCAUAUUCCUCCGAGUCACCAUCAUCCGCACGAGUUUCAAUCUUCCGUUGAAAUUACGCCAAUUGCUUUUGGCGAAAAUACAACAAAUCAAAAUGCUAGUUAUAAUCAAGAAGUAAGAGAUGAUCAACCUAAAGUAAUUGUUCCUAAUAUCGAAGAAGAGUUAAGGUUUUUACAGCAGAAUCAACAACCGAUUCAGACUAUAAAUUCGUUAAGUAAAGACUUCAAGCGACCUAAUAAAGAUCCUAAUUCGGGAUUUAUGACAAGUUAUUUGAAAUUUUUGCAAGGCGAAAGGGAACCAUCGCCUCCACCUGCAAUUCGUGGUGGGAGGAAAGCAUCUUGGAGCAGGUCGAAACCUUAUAUCCCAGUAGACGCUAAUAAACCUAUAGAGGGUUCGAUAAAUGGGGAAACAUUAAAGACACAACCAGAAAAGCCACCGGCCCCUAAAGAAACUCCAGUAAUUGAUUAUGCUAAUGACCCAAGAUAUUUUCCUUUGCCAAAAGAACGGAAAAAACAAAAUUUUGAUUCAAGCGAUGAUGGAUUCACUAGUGACGAUGAUUUUCUAUUUCCUCCUAAAAAAGACAAAAAGACGACAAAUACAAGUACAUCUAACACGAUGGAAUCGCCGAUUACAAAACUAACGGAAGGUAAGCCUAAGAAAGGAAGACCAAUUAAACCCGGAGGACCAACGGAUAGAAAAAGAAGAGCAGCCGCAGCAGCGGCGGAAGCAGCUUCAACGGGGAAAGCUUCAAAAAAGUAUGAAGAAGUAGAUCCUUUACUUUUACCUCCAAGGCGUGAAACAUCUAGAAGAAAAGCAAAGGAAAAAACUUCGGUAAAACAAUUUCUAGAUCGACAACAGGGUAUAGAUUACUUUGAUAAUGACGAAGAACAGGGUGAUUCUGAUUCGGAUCCUGCUUGGACGCCUGCUGUAAAAUUGGUUGGGGAUGAAGAGGAAAAGAAGAAAAAACGUGGGAGACCCGUUAUUACUAAAAAGAGCAGAAGAAUUAUAGAAGAAGCUGAUUACACUAGUGAUGUUGUAUCAAAGAAGUCGAGUAGGAAAAGAAACGAGACAUCUAAAGGUUCCGGUGUUACUGGAAAGUUAUCUUGUAAAAUAGAUGAAAAACUUUUAGCAUCUAUCAGCGACGAAGACAUUGAUAUUUCACCAUUUAAGUCUGGAGAAUUUGUUGUUAUCAAAGCAGACCUAAAUGAAGAAUAUCCUGCACUGUGGAGAAUAGAUGGCAAAACAUUGCUUCAAAAGUAUGAACCAUUUAAGUCCAAUGGAAAAACCUUAUAUAGAAACAUAUCGACGUACUCGGGUUGGGCACCACAAAAUCGACACAUAUAUCAACAGGUUCCAGUAAAGUUUUGGCAACAAGGAAAGACGGAAACCAUAGUAGAGUUCUUAAAAGAUGAAAUGAUUAUUAAUAAUAAGGAAUGUAUUGAUAAGUCUAUGAAAGACACCCAAAAAUAUCGAGAUAAUUUUGAGGUAUAUAUACAAACAUUGAUCUCACAAGCUUUGGAUUCUAAUUUUCUUACAGAAAUAUUUCAAGAACAAGAUGAUUAUUUCUUAUCAAAUGUUAAAACUGUAGACGAAGUAACAGAAGAUAGGAAACAACGUCUUUUAUCAACAACAAAAUGGCGACCAAAUGUUAUAAAUGCAAUAUCAACUUGGCCAUGCCUUAAUGUUCUUAAGGAUUUACCAUUCGCAGAAUAUAAAGGAAAAUCGUGCGCCGGUUGCCAGCAGCCUAACAUUCAUGCCAGAGUAUUAUUGUAUGGUCAACCAUAUAACGUAACUACAUUAGAAGGCUCUCCGCCUGAUCCAAGAGUACCUCAAGAAAAGGAUUUUUUAUUAUGUCGAAUAUGUCAAGCAAAAGUCGCUCUGUAUAAUAAAGUAGCACAUCAAAAAUAUUUAAUGUUUUUGGAAUGUGCAAGAAGAGUAGCAGAUAAAAGAGUUGCGGAUCCACAUAAAGAUACCACGAUAAUAUUAAACGAACUCCUAGCGGAUGAAGUAUGGCUAAAUCAGUUGUUUAAGGAAGUUAGGACUAUCUGGGCAGAGAUAGAUAAUCUGGAACAACAAAGUAAAACGAAAUCAAGUUCAAAAUCUACUUCAUCUUCUUUAUUAAAUAAUACGGAGGAAACAAUUGAAAAUGUUUCAACAAUGGAAGCAACUAAAACGACUGCUAAUAUUUCCGAUUCACAGGUGCCUACGCAGAAAAUUGAAGAUAGUUCUGAAACAGUGUCUUGCAAUGUGCAAAUGGGCAGUAUACCAUCUUAGUGGUGCUACAAUGAUCAUUGGUUCUGUUUUAUGUACAAUGUCUCAAGACCAUUAAAAGGUUUAGUGAUAUAUCGAUUUUAUGAAUAUAAAAGUUAAUACCAGUCUCCAGACCAAACGAUUGAAUAUUGUAUUUUGAGGAUGGUAAAUAUUUAAUUUGAGUUAAUACUACAUGCUGUGCCGAAUGGUGAAGUUAAUGUUAAUGUGUAAUCAAGAAACUAUAGUUAUAGUGAUAAGAAGUAGUGGACAGAGAGGUAAGUAAGAAAAUGAUUAACGUAUAAACACCAGACAUUAUGUAAAAUAUUCUCCCCCGCGUAUAAAUUAGAAAUGAGCCCAAACUUUGCCAUUGUAGUAGCAUAAUAAUAGAGAUUUACAAAUGUUUGUGUGUAUAAACAUUUAGUUGUAGCAUUUGUAUCGUGAUAAUCUUACAUGAUAUCGAGGUCUGAUAUGUUAAGAUCUGAAAAAGUACGAAAGACAAAUGAUUUUAGGAUAAAAUAUACAAAGUGAUAUGACGUAUUAUACGUCGCGACCUUCUGUAACAUAUUUACAUACAUCACAUUCUUUAAAGCCAUGAAGGUUUGUUCUCUGCAAAAUGCAGAAAUAUUAUGCUGUUUGUUCCUCUAAUUGUAAUUUUGAAAUUCAUUAUGCAUUUCCUUUUUAGCUUACAUCUACCUUUUUUAAUGAUUUAAGAAAUGUAAACAAUAUUUAUGCUCAUGUUAAUUUGUAUAUAGGCAUAUAACUAAAAUUUACACCGUAUAAAAUACGUUAAAAAUAUUCAGAAGUGUUCCAAAAUAGCAUUUCUGUUUUUUUAUUCUUUUAAAUAAAAACACUUUACGGUAAAUGCAAUAUUCUGAAAAUAUGUAUCGUUCUUUUAUAGAGAAACAAUAGAAAUCUUAUAGAACAUCUGUACGUAAAUUUUUAUAAAAUUAAAAAUAUUUUUUUAUGCAUUUUCCAUUCAUGUUUUGGGAUGCCAUCUGCAUUAACUAAAUGUAUUCUUCCAUUGCAAUAACCUAAUGAUUUAAUACUAAGUUUUGAAAUUCUUCCACGUUAAAAUAUGUAUAAAUAACUUAAAGCAAUUUCAGCAUUCUCAUUUUGUAAUACGUCAACUAUUACCAUGACUUCAGAACAUUUAUUUUUGUGAAUAAUCUUAUGACUUUAAUAACAUAUGUAUUUGUAUAUGAAGUAUGAAUGAAUGUUGCAUAAGAAAGUGUAUCUAUUUUCAUAAAAAAAUCUCAUAAUAUCAGUGCUUAAGGUUUUGAUCUUCUGAACAAAAUUAAAGUUUUUACUAUUUUCUCUAUUAUUAAGGUUGAUGUCAUAUUUUCCUUUUCAAAUCCUUCACAUGAAUAAAUAAGUACUAGAACAAAUAUUAAUAAAAAAAUACUUGUUUAAAUUGAAUCAAAGGCUUGCUUUUCUAAUUUGAAAGUGUCUACAAUUUGCAAUACGGUUUAUGCAAUUUAAUUAUUUCAAUAAAUUUUCAUUUUGUAAGGAAAGCAUUUGAUUUUGUUAUAAACGUUUUGUAAAUUUUAACAAUUUGACACGUUUUGUAAUUAAAACGCUUCUGUACCUUCCAAUAAGUGAUGAAAACCUUUUAACUAAUAGAGUAAUAUUUACUAAUAUGUUUUAAAUCACAUUCAUAUUAUUAUGUUAUAACAAUUUUUAUGAUCGUCCUCAUUAUAAUUAUUAUUAUUAUUAUUAUUAUUAUAAUUGUUUAAAUCUUAAGUUUUAUAAGUUUUUAAUCUGUUUUUAGAUUUGUUAAGAAAGAAGGUGUUCUCUAAAAACAAGAGUGGUGAUAUGCGUGUAUGGCGCGAAUGUAUUUUUCAAAGACGAUAUAUCAAAUUAUAUUUGUAAAUUAUAAAAAUAUAAUAGUAAGGACAGGUGACUGCUAUAAUGAAGCCGUAGAGCUUUAAACAUCUUUGAUAUAAUUACAAUAUCAUUGUAUUAGCGAUCACUAUCGGAUUACCGAGUUGUAAAAUAAAUUAUUUCAAGAAACUAUGAACUUGAAACCUAAAAAUGCGGGCAUUUGGUCACUGACGCAGUAACAAUAAAGGAAAGUAUCCAG